UGCAGGAUCAAGGACAUAAUGGAGCUGUAUAACUGUAGCUGCAUAUAGACAGUGUCUCUCUUAAAGUCUCAAGUCAAGACAUGUGGACUAUUCUCAACACACACACACAGUAAUGGCUGGACACUUCAUGGACACUGUAUAUAUUUAUUGCAUAGAACCAUAAAAACUAUAACAAGACUAAUAAGAUGACAGAGCUUGGUUUAGGAACAGAGAAGGCUAAUAAAAUAAUAAAUAUAAAUAAAUAUCAUGCAUGGGCAGCCCUAGUUCUGAGACAAGGCUAAUGAGGUACUGCAGUGUGCUGUGAGAGGAACAAUGGUGUCCACAGCCGUCCAAUGGGUGGUGCUGGUGGCCUUUAUUGUGCUCACCAUUGGUGGAAACGUGCUGGUGUGUCUGGCAGUAGGAACUAGCCAUCGACUGAGGAGAAUAAGCAACUGCUUUGUGGUGUCGUUGGCUGUAACCGACCUCCUGCUGGGUCUGUUGGUACUGCCCCUCACCGCAACCCUUGAGCUACGUAGCGGCCGCUGGUCUUUAGGGGGAACGUUCUGCAACAUCUACAUCUGCGUGGACGUCAUGCUCUGCACUGCUUCCAUCUUCACCUUGCUGGCCAUCAGUGUGGAUCGCUACCUGGCCAUCUCCGGGCCACUCAGCUACUCCAGAAGAGUCACUCCCCCAAGAGUGGCAACAGCAAUUGGCACCAUCUGGGCAUUCUCCAUGACGGUGGGCUUUGUACCAAUCCACCUAGGCCUGAACACAGCAGACUUUAGAGUGCAGAACAUGGUCUGGGAGAUAGGGGACGAAGGCGAUGAGGGCAUGACCUGCCAAUAUGAGUGGAAUAACAACUAUGCCCUGCUGGAUGCCUUCUUAACCUUCUUCCUCCCCCUUCUGAUCAUGUGUGGGAUGUACCACCGCAUCUUCCUCGUGGCACGUGAGCAGGCUCGUCGUAUCCGUGCUGCCACUCCCUCCUUCAUACGUUCUGCAUCUGUGGCGGCGACCACACGGGAGCAUAAAGCUACGGUGACUCUGGCGGCCGUGCUGGGGGCCUUCAUCAUCUGCUGGCUUCCCUACUUCAUCUACUUCAUGUACAUGGGCCUGAGGAGCGAGACAAACCCACCAAGCCUCAUUCACUCUGUGGUGCUCUGGCUGGGUUACUUCAACUCCGCCCUGAACCCCAUCCUCUACCCAGCCCUGAACCGAGAUUUCCGCCGGGCCUACAGUCAGCUCCUACGCUGCAGGACUGCACAGAAGUGGGCGGCUACCUCAGCGAGAACCUCGCAGCAGGAGAGAAGAGUUUCCAAUGGGAAACUCCAGAAUAAACAGGAAUGGAACAAGAUACAUGUAGCGACACAUCUCCAUCUGCAAGAGGCGAACAGCGACGUUAGCCUAGAACAUAUCAGUUAAUUCCAGUGAGAUGUUUGAGCAAGUGUAUUUAACUGUAAGUGAUUUAAGGCUUUAGCUGCCCUUUGAAUCAAUCACAAUGUCAGCAUCUGCAUGUUCACUCCUACCAAAUUUUUAUAAUGACCAUUUUAAGUUUUUUUUUUUUUUUCAAAAAGGUCUAAUUGUUAUUUAUGUAAAUGUUUAUGUUCUAAAAAUAUUAAUAUCCAGACACAUGCAAGAUAAACACAGCUAGCAAGAAUUUAGACACUGUCCACAUGUAGCCAUGUUUUUUUUUUAUAAAAAAAAAUAGUUGAAGUUACUUUAAGUGUGAUACAUAUAC